CGAAGAGAUGAGAGAGAUGAGAAGUGUAGAAAGUCAACCUAUGAACCCGGGUUUUGGGUUAGUCAAAAGAAACCCGGGUGUUUAUCAAUUAAUCUGAGCCCUUCAAAAUCUUUACAUCCAUUGGCUGACGGAGGCUGUGAGAGACUCUGUCGUAUGAAGUCUGUCACCCGAUCCCUCCUAAAACUUAAAAUAAAAAAACCAAAUUCAUAUAUCCCAUCCUCGAAUCAGUACCGCCACUUUUUUAGGUUUAGGUUUUUGGGGAAAUUUUUUUUUCAUCGUUCUUCGUCGAUUCAAAAAUUUCUUCGUCGACUCAUAACAAUGCCUCCACGAAAGAAACCAAAUACCCAAUCGUUGUCAAAUUUGAUUGCUCAACAAAAAUUACAACAAAUACUUGAUUUGAUUGCUCAAGAGAAAGAAGAAGAAGAAGAAGAAGAAGAAGAAGAAGAAGCGAAUUCGGACAAUCAACCUCUCGUAAACAUGACUUCUGUGAGAAGGGCAAAAGUUAAGGAAGCUAAUAAAAGAAAAACUAAAGAUGCCGUCACUAAGAAAAGAAGGAAAGACGGUAUUGAUACUCCUCAGUCUCUACCUCCUCGAGGGAAAGAUCAAGGUCGCAGAAAGCGUUUGGGGGAUGAUACAAGAGGAAAAAUUUGGGAGAGUCUUGCUGAACAUAGUCGACUCGUAAUCCGUGAACCUACUGGAACACUUGAGCACGAUGAGGAAGAUUAAGAGGAAAGUGAGGAGGAAAAUAAUGAGGUUAAUCCAAGUCAAUUAGCAACCCAAAGAGAAGUUGUAGAGGAAGAUGGUGGGCCAAGUCAACAACCGACGCAAGUUAAGGCCAAAGGAAAAGGCAAAGUAAAAGUUAAAGGUUCGCACCUUCCUCAUAAGGAUGACAUGAUACCUGACCUUGAUCGUGGUAGAAUUUUGGGAUCAUAAGAAGGUUGUGCGUGUUUGCCGAACCAAGCCGCGGAUGGUUGGGA